AUGAUGCGUCUCCUCUCCUGUCUCGCCAUCGCUGCCUUCGCUGCUGUCACCAAUGCCGACGUUGUGAGCGACGUGACAUCCGCCGCUAAUACUGCUGGUAGUGCGGUGGCCAAUGCAGCAAACGCUGCAGCCAACGCAGCCUCGCCUGCUGUGGAAGCCACGGGAAGUUGGGUUAGUGGUGCAGUCGACACAGUCUCCAGUGCCGCUGAAGCCGCGGCAAAUUCGACCGGAAGCUGGGUCGAUGGAGCUGUCGAUACUGUGUCAAGUGCCACUGGGACUGCCCUCGACUCGGCCGGUAGCGCGCUCGACAGCGCGGCGAGCACGAUGAGCUCGGCGGCCGAUGAAGUUGCCAGUGCUGCUGAAGAUGAAAGUGCCUCCAGUGGCUCCUCUUCGGCGUCGGUGGCAACCGUCUCCAUGGCGGGUGUUCUAACGGCCGUAUGCCUCGUGAUGAACUUUGCUUAG